AUGGCACCAUGGCUGCGUCUAGCAGCCCUCCCUUCUUCCCUCCUUCUCUUUAUUGCCAAUUCCGCAGUCCCGGUAGCGGCGCAGCAUUCGAGAUGGCCUUACAACCUACCCCCCGAAGUGAAAUACUACCCCGAAGAUGAAUUCCUUCUCAAGCGGGACAUUGAUGUCCAACAGAAACUUCAAGAGCAACCAGUGACGGGAGUUCGUAAAAUGAGCCAUGAUCCAGGAGAGAAAUUCUAUCUUGAUUACUGGGGCUUUAACGAGGAAGAUGAAGAGAUGAGCUACUUGACAUACACGAAUGCGACGAUCUGGGCAACAUUACAUCGACCAAUGCGUGUCCACUCACAACCCGGCAAUCAGAGCUUCUUUGCCCGCCUACCAGGCUGGAAUCUACUGUCUAAACGAGAUUUUCAAUGUCCAUCCGGAACAUCGGCAUGUACAUCCAUCAACCGGCCCAACAGCUGCUGCGCCUCCGGUUCGACAUGUGAGAUCGUUGAGGACACGGGUCUCGGUGACGUUGGUUGUUGUCCCAGCGGCCAAACUUGCGCAGGAACUCUGUCGAGUUGCGAAGAAGGCUACACCAGUUGUCCCAACGACCCGGGCGGAGGUUGCUGUAUUCCUGGAUAUGCAUGCUACGAUGUAGGGUGCGUGCAAACGUCUUAUGCAACACUCACCCCGUCUUCAGUGCCAACCCCGUCAACGACAACCGUAACAUCCUACACAACUAUCACGCCGUCGGCAAGUACACACUCUACGUCAACGAGUCGGACCUCGAUUUCGACGACAUCCCAAUCGACCAGCCUCGAGCCUCAAAUAUCGACCGUGACGAGAACUGUUACCGUGACAUCGACGCCGAAUGUUCUGACCUGCUCCUCGGGCUAUCGCUCCUGUCCCGCAACUCUGGGGGGCGGCUGUUGUCCCACCGAUCGAUCAUGCGGCUCUGCCAAUUGUCCUGCAAGCACUUCCUCCCCGACCCCCGCUCCUCCAGUCCGCCCAACUACUUUGACGACCACGGAGGUGACAACCACGGUGACGCCAAACUCAAAAUCAACAGCGAGCCUGACAACAACAACCUCGAGCUCGAGCGCUACGGUGACAGGCUGCCCGACAGGCUUCUACGCUUGUUCAGCAUACUACCAAGGUGGAUGCUGCCAGAUUGGUCGGAACUGCGACACCACUUCUUGCCCAGCAUCCGCUUCAACGACACUCGUUUCAGGCAGCACACUCACUAUCGCCGCUCCGACAGGCAGUGGGAUUACAGCACCCGGCACAGUCCUGACUGGUAGCUGUGCGCAAGGCUGGAUGACAUGCUCUGCUGAUUUAGGAGGAGGAUGCUGUCCUAGUGGGUACCAGUGCGGCAUCACCAGUUGUGCAGCACUGGCAACAGGAGGUGCUGGAGUAGGCAAGAUGCCACCGAAUGGCGCCGGGAAAUGCAACAUAAACAUGGGCAUGGCUUUGGCUAUCACGAUAAUGAGCUUUGGGGCAUUGUGGUUGUAA